AUGAUCGUAUCCAACGUGAGCCUGAGCGGAGGCUGCGCGGAGGUCAACAGCGCUCUGUGCGCCUCAGCCGGGGAAGGGCACCCGGGCGGCGGCUCGUACCGGACCACCCUCACUCCGACGGGGAACCUGGUCGUGGCUGUGUGCUUGGGCUUCAUCGGCACUUUGGGACUUCUGAACAACCUGCUGGUGCUCGUGCUCUUCUGCCGCUACAAGAUGCUGCGCUCGCCCAUCAACCUGCUCCUGAUUAACAUUUCCAUCAGCGACCUGCUGGUGUGCGUACUGGGGACUCCGUUCAGCUUCGCAGCCAGUACGCAGGGACGAUGGCUCAUAGGAGAAGGGGGGUGCGUCUGGUACGGCUUCGCCAACUCCCUCUUUGGUAUCGUGUCCCUCAUCUCCCUGGCUAUCCUCUCAUAUGAGCGCUACAGCACCAUGAUGGUCCCCACUGAGGCCGACCCCUCCAACUACCAUAAGAUCUCACUGGGCAUCACCCUGUCCUGGGUCUACUCCCUCAUUUGGACCUUGCCGCCUCUCUUAGGUUGGAGCAAAUACGGCCCUGAAGGACCCGGGACCACCUGCUCUGUCGACUGGAAGGCCAAGACAGCGAAUAACAUCUCUUACAUCAUCUGCCUGUUUGUCUUCUGCCUCAUCAUGCCGUUCCUGGUGAUCGUGUUCUGCUAUGGGAAGCUGCUGUGCGCCAUCAGACAGGUAAGUCUAUGGGGAAGACUUUCACUAAUGUUGUAG